AUUUCCCCCCAUUCGUGUCUAUCUCCCUCACACCUUCCUUCACGCAGUCAAAACAAACCCUCGUUUCUUCGGCGUCCACGAUCAUCAAUGGCCGGCACCAUCAACUUCGAUUCUCCUCUUCACAACUCUCAGAUCUCCCGAGAUGUGCAAGGGACUGACACUUCCAUUCCACUCUCGCCACAGUGGCUUCUCUCGAAACCUGGUGAGAACAAGACAGGAACUUUAGCUGGGGAGGCCCCCACCAGCCCUUUCCCAACAUUUGGCAACCGCAUGGACCUUAUGAAGACACCUGGAAAUGAUGACCGCAACCUUGAUUCCCAAAAGAAGAAAAAUGUGUUUAGGCCAUCUGUGCUUGAUAACCGUGAAAAAUGGCGUGACGAGGAAAGAGAGACAAGUAACUUUGUUCGCAAGGACAGGUGGCGUGAGGGUGAAAAUGAGGUUGGAGGUGGGGAUAACCGCAAGGUGGACCGGUGGGCUGACAACUCAUCUGGGAAACACUAUGGUGACUCACGCCACACCCCAUCUGAUAAAUGGGGUGAUUCUGGUAACAAGGAUGCAAACCAUGAUCAGGUUCAGCGGCGUGAGAGUAAGUGGAACACACGGUGGGGCCCUGAUGACAAGGAAACUGAUGUCAUGCAUGAGCAUGACACCCCUCGUGAACGGGAGCCCGACCAUCCUCGCCCAUGGAGGUCCAACUCUGCACUCAACCGAGCAAGAGUAGACCCGCCACAUCAGCAAAGCCCAGCUUUAAACAAGCCGACUCCCAUGUUUUCUCAUGGCCGGGGACGUGGGGAACAUUAUAAUCCAACGUUUUCUGUUGGUCGUGGAAGGGGAGCCCCUGUAGGGGGCCCUAUGAAUAACAGUUCCACUAAUUUACAGUCCUUUGCUGACGUGGGUGACAAAGGGCACGAUGACAUGUCACCUAUGAGAUAUAGCAGGACAAAGCUGCUUGACGUGUACAGGAUAACUGAUAUGAAAGCCGGUGGAGUGAUGCUAGAUGGCGUGGUACCGGUGCCGUCACUAACACAGGAGGAAGUACUCGAGCCACUUGCACUUACUUCACCUACUCCAGAAGAAUUGUUUAUAUUGAAGGGUAUUGAUAAAGGGGAAAUUCUAAGUAGCGGGGCUCCUCAAAUUACUAAAGAGGGAUCCGGUGGGGUUAACGCGGUUGAAGCCCAGUCUCGAAGAAGCAAAUUUGGGAGUAGAGAAGAUAUAUCACUUCCUUCUGACAACUUUAGAGACGAGACUGCUGGCAGCUUCAAAACAACAGGGGAAAGCGAUACUAGAGAAUCAAGGGUGCCAGGUCAGCCUGGUGCACCUUGGAGGUCGUUGUCUAUUGGACAACGUGGUCAAUCAAACUCGGCUGACUUUAGGGACAUCCCUAGUGACAUGGGGUCAUGGUCACAGCCCCAAAAGGAUAUAUCAAAUGAAUGGAGUAGCAGCAGUUUAACAAAUCCGGUUUUUAAAAGGCAACCAUCUGGAAUUAUAGACAGAGAUGAAGCAAGGGUAGUUUCUCAGCCAUCACCCGAAGAUCUAGUUCUUUUUUACAAAGAUCCUCAGGGUGCAAUUCAAGGUCCUUUUACUGGCAGUGAUAUCAUUGGGUGGUUUGAAGCAGGAUACUUUGGGAUAGAUUUGCUAGUACGUCUUGCAAACGCACCACAAGACUCACCAUUUGCUUUACUUGGUGAUGUCAUGCCUCACCUGCAUGCAAAAGCAAGACCGCCACCUGGAUUUACUCCUGUCAAACAAAGCGAAAUCAAUGAUGAAUCAAGUAUGCAUGGUUUUAUCAAUACUAGCAGUAAGGUUCAAGCAGGGUUGGGUGAGCAUGCUAUGUUGAAAAAUGACCCGGUAUUUCAACAUGGUUCAACUAAAGAGGCUGAGAAUAGGUUUAUAGAGUCUCUCAUGAGUGGUGGUCUCUCUGAAGGUAUGCAGGGGUACUUUGGGAAUUCUAGCUCAGUUCCAGCCAGAGCAACAGAGAGUGGAGAUAACCUGUUUCAAUUGGCCAAGCUGAUGCAGCUUGAAAGGCAAAAGUCUUUGUCUAAUCCUUACUCUCUUUGGUCUGGGAGUGGCUCGAAACCUGAAGUUCUUCAGGCAACCACAAUACCGCAACCUAACAUGUUUCCAAAUGCCGCAAAUCCUGAAUUCAUGUCUCUUCUGCAAGGUGGUUUGUCAGAUAGGCCGACCUCGUCUGUGAACAGUUGGUCGAAUUUUCCUGUUCAAGGUGGAUCUGGGCUGGACCCACAUCAGGAUAAGCUAGACAUGCUUCAUGGUAAACAUUUUCCUCUUCAGUCAGCCUUUGGGAUCCAGCAAAGGCCGCAAACGCAAAAUAUGCCUUCAUUAUCAAGUUUACAAUUUGACAAUCCUUCUGGUCCACUAACCCUCGAAAAGCUUCUUUCGUCUGGGCUCCCUCAAGAUCAAAUUUUAGGUUUAUUGCAACAGCAACAAAUGUCACAGAUGAAACCUCAGAUUCCGGUUCCAACACAACACCAGUCGGUAUUGGAUGAUUAUCUGUUGCUUAAGCAGCAACAACAAAAACAGGAACAGAUGCAGCAGAUGAUGCGCCAGCAACUUCUCUCCCAGGUGCUCAAGGACCAACAUUCCAUGCAACGCUUUGGUGAGCCGUCUUGUGGACCAAUGCUGACUCCUGGUUUAUCUGUUCCCAAUCCUUCACUAGAUCAUCUUGCAUUUCCGGUUCCACCGCAUGACAUGUUGCAAAAUCAAGUUCCUCAUAUGCAGGAUACAAUUGCUCAUAUGCCUGCAGUUGGUCCUCAAGCUGCUGUGCAUUUACCCCAUCAGUUGAUGGACAAUACACUGCAACAAAAUGAAGCUCGGGAACAGGAGCAGGAGUCAGCAGUCGAUUUGAAAACUGGUCAAAGUGUUACGGUAUCUACUUCCAAUGCUGGUUUAGUUUCUGAGCCGUCAGACCAUUAUGAAAAACCAUUGGUUGAGGGAGCUGUUGGACAUAAUGAUAUUAUGGAGGAGCCUCCAACUGAGGUAAUCGAACCACCUAUGGGUCAGAGUGAACCUUCUAAUGAACCCUGUGUUCCGGAAGAAGCAAAACCUGUUGAAGUUCGUGAGGUUAAGAAAGCCACUGAGAAGAAGUCAAAGAAACAGAAGUCUUCCAAGGCACAAUCGUCUGACAUUGCCAAGUCAGCAUCUAAAACACAACAGCCUAAGCAAUCUGAAACUGAAUUGGCCAUGGUCAAUGAGGCUGAAAUUGGAGAGAACAAAUCUAGUGUGGUCACUGAAGAGGUUGUAAGCAUGUCUGGUGAUGUCAACCCACAAGAUAACGCUCAAGUUCUUAGUAGCCAACGAGCUUGGAAGCCUGCUCCUGGAUUUAAGCCAAAAUCGUUGUUAGAAAUUCAGCAGGAAGAGCAGCGGAGGGCCCAAGCUAACGCCCAGGCUCAGGCCCAGGCCCAAGCCCAAGCCCAAGCCCAAGCCCAUGCAGACAUGACUGUUUCUGAUAUUUCAGCAUCUUUAAAGUCGAUGAAUAUGUCCGCGACCCCAUGGGCUGGCGUUGUUGGCAAUUCAGACCACAAGCUUAUGGAAACCAAGAAGGAGGUGACUACUUCUGAGGUUUCCCAGAAUCAGCAGCAGAACAAGAGCCAGUUGCAUGAUCAUUUGGAUAGGGAAGUGCCCGUGAAAUCCGGUGAAAGUAGUUCUGCAACUUCUGAUUUGACAGAGGAAGGUAACUUUAUCGAGGCUAAAGAGUCAAAAAGGAGUCGCAAAAAGGCUGCAAAAGCUAAAGCUGCAGGAGCCAAGGUUUCCGUGGCUGCUGCUCCUGUUGAAAUCCCUGUGAGUUCCAGUCCAAACGAGAAAGGCAAAAGUUCACGUCUGGAGAAGCUUACACUGCCAGCCAUUCCUUCUGGUCCUUCACUUGGAGAUUUUGUUGUCUGGAAAGGGGAGACUGUUGCCUCAUCACCUGCUCCAGCAUGGUCUAGUGAUUCGGGAAAGGUUGCAAGACCCACCUCUUUGAGGGACAUUCUCAAGGAACAAGAGAAAAAAGUUUCUUCGCAGAUACCGGUCCCUACGCCAGCACAAAAACCUCAAACUCCUGCCAAGGCUGCAACAUCUCCUAUCAAGACUAUGUCACAAUCCAAAAGCAAAAUUGACGAUGAUUUGUUUUGGGGUCCAUUGGAUCACCCCAAGCAAGAAACAAAAGGGUCAGAUUUUCCACAACUUGCAAGUCAAGGAAGUUGGGCUAAGAACACUAACACUCCUGGAAAAGGAAUUUCUAUAAGCCGCCAGAAGUCUGUGGGUGGCAGACCCGAAGCUCUUUCUACUUCUCCUGCUUUUGGAUCUAACUGUGUUUUGAUUUCUUCAGAGGCUAUGGAUUUUAGAGACUGGUGCAAGAGUGAAUGUGUCAGACUUCUUGGAACCAAAGAUACAAGUUUUCUGGAGUUUUGUUUGAAGCAAUCUAGAUCAGAAGCGGAGAUACUGCUGAAGGAAAACCUUGGAUCUUACGACCCUGAUCAUGAGUUCAUAGACAAGUUCCUCAACUACAAAGAUUUCCUGCCUUCAGAUGUCCUUGAGAUCGCCUUUCAAAGUGGGAAUGAUCAAAAAGCGAGUGGAGAUAUCAAAUCUACAAAUGAGGGGGUUUGGGAUUAUGAGGUGGUUGGUAGUGGUAGUAAGGCAGUGGCGGCAGAUGGUGGUUCCGCUAAGGGUGGAGGUAAGAAGAAAGGGAAGAAAGGAAAAAAGGUGAGUCCUGCGGUUUUAGGAUUUAAUGUGGUGAGCAACAGGAUUAUGAUGGGAGAGAUCGAGACAAUUGAUGACUAGGUGCACCAGGUGAAGCCGGUUGGAUGGUUGGUUUGUUUUCUUCUUAUUAUUAUUGUAGUUGUAAAUACUUUUGUUUCGAAAGAGAGCUGUCUGUCUGUCUGUCUGUACAUGAUAAUUUUGGAGUUUAGGGUUUAAGAAAUGCUCCAUCAAUUUUGUGACCUGUUUUACAUUUUAAACUGUAGAAGUUAAGUUAUACCCCAAUGGCCAGAUGCUUGUUAGGCUAG